AAAUGAUCCUUCAGCUGGGCCUUAUCGUUCAGUUCUCUCUGGGAUUGGCCCAGGCAAUCGGCUCCCUGCGAAUUAUGAAUGGCACUGCUGCCAAGGCUAGACAGUUGCCCUACCAAGUGGGAUUGCUGUGCUAUUUUGAAGGCGCCAUUGAUGAACCUAAUCUGUGUGGUGGUGCAAUCCUAAGCGCAAAAUGGAUCUUAACUACAGCCCAUUGCUUGCAGGAUCCACAUGCUAAGCUAUCCAAAGUGCUAGUCCACGUUGGCAGUGUUGAAAAUUUCCCUGGUGAUGAAAUCGUGGUCAACAGGAGCCACACCACCGUGCAUAGUAAAUUCGAUCGCAAGACCGUGAUCAACGACGUUGCUCUGAUUAGACUGCCGAAGAAGCUCACUUUCAACAGGAAUAUACAACCCGUCAAGUUGCCUAGCGUUAAGAGAACCUAUGCAGGUCGCAUGGCCAUAAUAUCUGGAUGGGGUUUGACCAGCAAGCACCAGCCCAGCAGUGUCCUUCAGUACAUCCGGGUGCCCAUCAUCGCGAACAAGGAGUGUGAGAGGCAGUGGAACAAGCAACUAAAAGGCAAGGGCAGGAAGGUCGUGCCCGCCUCCUUCAUAUGCAUCGAUUCCAGGGCGGGUCUGCCAUGUCGAGGGGAUUCCGGAGGUCCAAUGGUCCUGGACGAUGGCUCCAAAACGCUGGUGGGAAUUGUGUCUCACGGUUUCGAUGGCGCGUGUAGGCUGAAGGUGCCAGACAUAUCCACAAGAGUUUCGUCCCACCUCAAGUGGAUAAAAUAUUACACUGGGGGUCUUACGUAAUCUGGAUCUGGAGAAGCAUUAAAAAUCGAAUUUCUUUUCAAACGUGUGCUUUAUUCUUAUUACUUCAUACAAACUUCCAUACACUUUCUCGUUCUCCGUUCCAUUUUCAUAAUAUUCUUUUGUGGCUUUGCUAGAUUUGUUAUCGUUUCUUUAUGUUUUUCUUUUCGAUUUGUAUGUGAUUUGUGACUUUGACGGUGUUGCAUGUCGUUUAAACAAUUUGUUUAUGAUAAUGUUUAGAUGUUCUCGUUUGUGGGCUUUGUUUACGUGUGAGUGUGUGGUUAAUGUUGCUGAUUAUUUGCAAUUCUUUCGUUUUUUUUUACCUUACUUGUUCUCGCUAUUUCGUAAAUGCAGUUCUCAAAAUGUACAAAAACCUAAAUGGAAAUGAUACAAUGAGUGUGAAUGAUAUAAUUUGGUUCUUUCAACGAUUCUUUUAGUAUUUGUCCUAUAUGUACAAAAAGUGUAAACGAAAUUGUGAAAAAGCUAUACAAUUUGUUAGUUAACAAAGCGAAUAAGUUGAUAAGAACUCGGCUGAAUAAAUUAGUUUUAUUUUCGUA